AUGUCUUUAUUAAAAUUAACGUUCAAGGAGACCAAAAUAUUGUCCACCAGCAACCAAGAUUCAGCUGAUAAUGAUAUCAACGAAUCAAAAACUUCCAAGUUUACUACAGAUUCCAUCAAACCUGAAGUGGAAAAGAAAGCUCAAAGCUUUUCAAGAAGCGAAGUUCCCUCAGUAACUAUAAGAAUGAUGAAUUUUUGUAGGGAACUUGCAAUUUUCUGUCUCAUAAUUGUAACAUAUGCAGCACUAACAAAAGAUCCUCCAAAAAUAUCUAAAGCUCCAGCAGCCUAUCCAUUUUUCACAAAAAAAGCUUUUUUAACUGACUGGUACAAAGGAGAAAUCAGUAGGGCCAUAGAAUCCUCUAGGUUUGGUGAUAUUGCUUUUAUUAUGUUCUAUGCUCCUUGGGAUGCUGAAAGCCAAGCAGCACGUAAAGAGUUUGAGUUAGCUGCUGAAUAUAUGACAAAAUUCGUGAAUUUUGCUGCUGUGAAUUGCUGGCAACCUCACAGUGAAUGCAGAAAUCAAUAUAGUAAAGUCUAUAGGUGGCCUGUUCUUAUAGCAUACUUGGCACAUGGAAGAGGAGUGCAAUAUAGUGGUCCUAUUAGUGCUCCACACAUGAUUCAAUUCCUGAAGAAAGUUUCUAAUCCUUUUACACUAAUAACCACUGACUACCCAAAGGACUUCAAAGAUGCCUAUGUCAUUGCUGAACUGGACACUUCUCCUGGAAGUUUGGACUUUGCUGUUUUUUAUUCAACUGCACUGAAAUAUUUAGAGAAAGAUCCUCAGUAUUGUAUUUCAUUUUAUGUGAAACCUGUUGUGAUAGCAAAGCCAGCAUUGUACCUUCAUCUUUGGAAUGAAACAUUAAUUUAUCCCAUACAUGAGAAACAAUGGAUGCCCGAUGAAAUUCUCCAUUGGAUAAUUCAAAGCAUGCAUCAGAUGACAGCAUGGGUGCCUCCUUCUGGUUCUAAAAGUAUCACUAUUUACAACAGUAUGUCUAAUGGAGUAGCUCUCAUUUUAUUCACACCAAUGAACAUUCUACAUUUUGGAAAUGAUUAUUAUACUAUGUUUCAGGAAAUUGCUCAGGAAUACUACAAUUGCAGGGAUGAUAUUUCAGUAAAUUUCAAUUCUGUGAAUUUGGAGCUGAAGAGGUCAGCUAGUUUAUUGGACUACAAGAAGUUACAAUCUACAUGCAGAUCAAACAUAUUGAAUCAUAAAAAACUCGCAUAUAAUGUGACAUCUUUUUGGACCAAUAUGUCCAAUUACUCACAUAGCAAAGAACCGAAAAGCUGUGAUAUAUUAGGUGGAAGAUAUUCAUGUAAUGUGUGCCUAAGUUAUUUCAAUCCAGUUGACUGCCAGGAGAUUCAUCGUUUUAAUACAAUAGAUGAAACAGCAUGUGAAAGUGAAAAUAAACAUUUUCAAAUCUACACAACCUCAUUAUUAACAGGUAUGAAUGAUUUGAAAUCGGCUAAAAAUCUGCAAAAGUCAUUUCAACAAGAAAAAUGUAGACAAUUUUUAAUGGCGGAAAAACUACAGCCUGCAAUAUUCGAGAAUCACGGAAAUAGGAAACUCGAUAUAAGCAGAUUAUCCUGUAGAAGUAAUGAAAGUUUAACAUUAUUGUCUAUGGACAGUUUAUUACACUAUCCAUUUGCUCAGAGACUGGGAAUUGACUUGAGUAAAUUUGCUGAUAAAAGUGCUGCUGUUAUACUAAAUGAAAAAAGUCGAUUGGUAGAGAUGUCUUUCAAAUUUGGAUUUGGCAAUCCAGUGAUUCGUUUUCCGAUGAGAGAAUGCGAAUGUGUUAAAACAUUCAUGUUAUUAGGACUGGAUGAGAGUGGGGUUAAAGGACGGGAAUUUAGAGCUUCCACCUGUGUGAGCAAGAUGGAAUCACAUUAUAUUCUCCAAGGACCAAUCAAUGGUGUUUCUUUGAGGGAAUUCAUCAUGAACUAUACAUUAAACAGCUUGAACAGGUCCUUUGAUACAAUAAGUACUCUCAAGUUGACAAAAGAGCGACAGUCACUGGGCAGAACAUUGGGCUCAAAAAUUGUCAUAAAACAACUAGAUACUUAUUCUUUUCUACCAACAAUACAACAAGAAAAUAAGUUUCAGGCUAUAGUUGUGUUUUAUUAUACUAAGCAGUGUUCUUUCUGCAAUGGAAUUUCUUACAUUUACCUUACAGUAGCUAAAAAGCUAUCUUUGGUGGAGGAUCUAGAAUUUACUUGUAUUGAUGGAGACCUGAACAUCCUGCCAUGGGAAUAUUCGAUGGAAAGUUAUCCAACCAUCUUAUUUUCACCCAACAAAAGGAAAUCAGAAAGUAGAGUAUUUCCAUCUGGUAUGUCGAUUACUGUGUCCAAUCUCACAGGAUUUAUUUUGACAAACUUAGAACCUGAGAUGAAACUUCAAGCCAUCUGGUCCUUAUGUAGGCAUACAAAGUUGAAAAAUGAACAGUCUUCAUGCUACUCAUCUCUAUUGAAUGAGACGCUGAUUUGCAUCGAUGGGACCUUGAAAACCUGGAGAAAAUCAAAUAAGCGGCAGAAGCAGAUGCUUCUGCACAAGUUAAAACGAUUACGUCAGUUACAUUUACUGUUUGCUCAUCAUCCAGAAGAAAACGAGGCCAUUCAAAAUUAUUUCAAGAAGCUUAAUAUGUAUAAUAAUCGAAAAGGCGAUUAUCGUGGUGGUCUCGAAAACAUGUGGUUCAAGAAUGAAUUAUAG